UGCCUGGAGAUGGGCUGAGGAAUGUUAUAAAAGGCAGACACUGCAGGAAAACCCCUCAGUUACCAGCCUUCGUCCUCUGAGCUCAUCGGCGCCAGGUCGAAGAAGACGGUUUUGCAGGAUGCGCGAGUGCAUUUCUAUCCACGUGGGCCAGGCUGGUGUGCAGAUUGGCAAUGCAUGCUGGGAGCUGUACUGCCUGGAGCAUGGGAUUCAGCCGGAUGGGCAAAUGCCCAGCGACAAAACCAUCGGAGGUGGAGACGACUCCUUUAAUACCUUCUUCAGUGAAACUGGAGCUGGGAAGCAUGUGCCUCGGGCUGUUUUCGUGGACCUGGAACCCACUGUGAUUGACGAGGUUCGGACUGGCACGUACCGCCAGCUCUUCCACCCAGAGCAGCUGAUCACUGGCAAGGAAGAUGCUGCCAACAACUACGCCCGCGGGCACUACACCAUUGGCAAAGAGAUCAUUGACUUGGUGCUGGACAGGAUCCGGAAGCUGGCUGACCAAUGCACAGGACUCCAGGGAUUCCUCAUCUUCCACAGCUUUGGGGGAGGCACUGGCUCAGGAUUCACCUCCCUGCUGAUGGAACGGCUCUCGGUUGACUAUGGCAAGAAGUCCAAGCUGGAGUUCUCCAUUUACCCAGCUCCUCAGAUAUCAACAGCUGUGGUUGAGCCCUACAACUCCAUCCUCACCACACACACCACCCUUGAGCACUCAGACUGUGCUUUCAUGGUGGACAAUGAAGCCAUCUAUGAUAUCUGCCGCAGGAACCUGGACAUUGAGCGCCCAACUUACACAAACCUGAAUAGGCUCAUUGGCCAGAUUGUGUCCUCCAUCACAGCCUCGCUUCGCUUUGAUGGGGCACUCAAUGUGGACCUGACAGAGUUCCAGACCAACCUGGUGCCCUACCCUCGCAUACACUUCCCUCUGGCCACUUACGCCCCGGUCAUCUCUGCGGAGAAGGCCUAUCAUGAGCAGCUUUCCGUAGCGGAGAUCACCAAUGCUUGCUUUGAGCCAGCUAACCAGAUGGUGAAAUGUGACCCCCGCCAUGGCAAAUACAUGGCCUGCUGCCUUUUGUAUCGAGGUGAUGUAGUGCCCAAGGAUGUCAACGCUGCUAUUGCCACCAUUAAAACAAAGCGGACAAUCCAGUUUGUGGACUGGUGCCCCACAGGCUUCAAGGUGGGCAUCAACUACCAGCCCCCGACUGUGGUUCCUGGUGGGGACCUAGCCAAGGUGCAGCGGGCAGUGUGCAUGCUGAGCAACACCACCGCCAUUGCUGAGGCCUGGGCCCGCCUGGACCACAAGUUUGACCUGAUGUAUGCUAAGAGGGCUUUUGUCCACUGGUACGUAGGGGAAGGCAUGGAAGAAGGGGAGUUCUCCGAGGCACGAGAAGACAUGGCCGCCCUGGAGAAGGAUUAUGAAGAAGUGGGAACAGAUAGUAUAGACGGUGAAGGAGAAGAAGAGGAAGGGGAUGAGUAUUAGCACAGCUCAAUCUGUGUUAUAUGGGGAAUUAAAGUGUCCAUUGCCUUGCCACUUGGGGAUUCUCUUCACAAAAUAAAAUAUUAACUGUGUCACAGAAA